GGCGGAAGACGGAGCCGGGUCGGCGCUAUGAAGAGAGCUGGAUAUAAAUAUUAUAGUCUAUUUCUAGAUAUCAACGGCUGAUUAAAAUAUUGACUGUUUUAUAAUGCCAGUGUGUUUUUGAAGAAAUCCUGCCGAAGUUGGACGAGGAGUGAUAUCGCAUUUGCUAGUGGAACCUACCCAGUGAUGGGAGAUGGAGGACAAGGGGCCUCGUGUAGCAGACUACUUCGUGCUGGCUGGUCUGACAGACUCCUCCACGCCACUGGAGCAGGAGAUCCACUUCCACGAUGUCUGCCACAAGACGGCCAAACCCAAGCCGCCCAUCACCGACGUCGCUGUGGUGAUGCGCUCGCUGGGGGAAGAGGUGCCUCCUGGGUACACGUGCGUGGAAUCCACGCCGUCCGGCCUGUCAGCUGACCUGAACAACGGAAGUCUCAUGGCACCACAGAUCUUCCUGUGUUACAGACGAGGACGAGACAAACCACCACUCACUGACCUGGGUGUUCUGUAUGAGUGGAAGGAGCGGUUGAAGCAGGGUUGCCACGUCAUCCAGACCACGCCCUCCGGACGCCCUGCCAACAUAAGCUCCACCUCCUCCCAGAGGAUCUACGUGACGUAUCGCCGCGCCACGGAGAGCCAGACCUACGCCGCCCUGGCCGUCACCGACAUCUGUGUCAUCAUCCCCGGCAAGGGAGAGACACCACCACACACCUUCUGCAAGGUGGACAAGAACCUCAACAGCAGUAUGUGGGGUUCCUCGGUCUAUCUGUGUUACAAGAAGUCUGUGGCCAAAACCAACACCAUAGCCUACAAGGCAGGUUUGUUUAGCAGGUAUCCUGAGGAGGACUAUGAGUCUUUCCCCCUGCCUGAGUCCGUGCCCCUGUUCUGUCUGCCCAUGGGGGCCACCAUCGAGGCCUGGCCGGCCCAGACUAAAUACUCCCUGCCUGUCUUCUCCACCUUCGUACUGACCGGAUCCUCUGGAGAGAAGGUGUACGGUGCAGCCAUCCAGUUCUACGAGCCCUACUCCCAGGACUGUCUGACCGACCAGCAGCGCUCUCAGCUGGGUCUGCCGGGGCUGGACCACGGGCCUUCUUCCCCAGCCACCUCCCCCUCCACCCCAGCUCCGGGCCCCAGGGCGCUACACACCAACAAGUGUAUCUGUUUGCUGUCUCACUGGCCCUUCUUUGACGCCUUCCGCAAGUUCCUCACCUUCCUCUAUCGAUACUCCAUCUCUGGACCUCACACCUUGCCCAUCGAGAAGCACAUCUCCCACUUCAUGCACAAGGUCCCCUUCCCCUCCUCCCAGAGGCCCAGGAUACUGGUGCAGCUCUCUCCUCACGACAGCCUGAUGUUGAGCCAGCCUGUGUCCUCCCCUCUACCACUCAGUGGUGGUCGGUUGUCCAUACUGCUGCAGAACCUCGGUCCGGAGAAUGCUAUAACGCUCCUGGUGUUUGCUGUGACAGAACAUAAGAUCCUGGUCCACUCUCUACGGCCCGCUGUUCUGACCAGUGUCACUGAGGCUCUGGUGGCUAUGAUCUUCCCAUUCCACUGGCCGUGUCCGUACAUCCCUCUGUGCCCGCUGGCCCUGGCAGGAGUCCUCUCCGCACCCUGCCCCUUCAUCGUGGGUGUCGACUCGCGCUACUUUGACCUUUACGACCCCCCGCUGGACGUCAGCUGUGUCGACCUCGACACAAACACCAUCUCCCACAACGAAGAUAAGAGGGCCCUGACCUGGAAGAUCCUGCCAAAGAAAGCCUGUAAAAACCUGAUGAAUGUGCUGAACAAUCUCUACCAGCAACUGGUGGACGGUCAGCAGCGUCCUGAUGGCCUAUUGGAGCUGAGUAUGAGUGACUGUACGGAGCUGGCCUGUGGGAAGAGCCUCCACAGCCUGGAGAUGGAGAUACAGGAAGCCUUCCUCAGGUUCAUGGCGGCCAUCUUGAAAGGCUACCGCUCAUACCUGAGACCCAUCACUCAGGCCCCGUCUGAGAAGACUACUGACGCCUCCUCUCUCUUUGACCUGCAAGGGUUCCUGAAGAGCAGAGACCGGUCCCACCAGAAGUUCUACUCCCUGAUGACCAAGACUCAGAUGUUCAUCAGAUUCAUAGAGGAGUGCUCCUUCGUCUCAGACAAAGACGCCAGCUUGGCCUUCUUCGAUGACUGUGUGGACAAGCUCUACAGCACAGACAAAGGAGGCAAGGUGGACAGCGAUAAGCCAGAUGAGACCAGGCUGAUAGAGAUCGACGAAUCACAGCGCAGCGAGCACACAGUCUUCAUCACACCCCCAGAACUACCCCAUCUGCCUGAUGGAGAGGAGCACCCACUCUGCUACAGCUAUGCAGGUUUCCCGGUGUUGAGUCUUGAUCUGUUUGACCCCGUGGACGGCCUCCGACCCCCUGCCUCUCACCUGGCUGUCCGACAGAGCUGCCCAACCAGCCCUGCACCCAUGUUCAGACGCACCAAACAGGAGAUCAAGUUGUCUCAGAAGUUAGCCAGGAAGUACUCUUCCAUCCCUCAGAUGUGGUCCAAGUGUCUGCUGUGCCACUGCUACGGCCUGUGGUUCAUCUGUCUGCCAUCCUACGUCAAGGUGUGCCACUCCAAGGUGCGGGCGCUGCGCACCGCCUACGAUGUCCUCAGGAAGAUGCAGGACAAGAAACUACAGCCUCCCGACGAGGUGUGUUACAGGGUCUUGAUGCAGCUGUGUGGUCAGUACGGCCAGCCAGUCCUGGCGGUCAGAGUUCUGUUUGAGAUGAAGAAGGCUGGAGUCCAACCCAACGCCAUCACCUACGGUUACUACAACAAGGCGGUGUUAGAGUCUACCUGGCCCUCCAGUACCAGAGGAGGUUACUUCAUGUGGAUGAAGCUGAGGAACGUGGUUAUGGGUGUGGCUCAGUUCAGACAGGCGCUACGCAAACAGCAGCCUCCACCCACUCAGAGUCCUCUAUCAGAUGGCAGCGACCUGGACGCUGUGAGUCACGGCAGCCUGGAUAGCUCUAACACGGCCGAGCAGGGCCCCUACGCCCCUGACUCCAUCAAAGUAGACCCCACUGACGAUAGGCGUAGCACAGUCAGCCGCGGGGACUGGGGCGGUGUGGGGUCGGACACCCGGUCGGGUCACUCACACUGGGGGGGUUCUGCCCUCCACUCCCCCCGCCACUCAGGGGAGCAGUCAGACCUGGGGUAUAACUCCCUCUCUAAAGAAGAGGUGCGUAGAGGAGAGCCCAGCCCGCUGGACAGGGACAGCACCCAGGACAAGGACAACAGGAAGGAGAGUGACUGCAGCUCCUUGUCGGAGACCGAGAGUGCUAAGGGCAGUGGAGGCUGUCUCCCCCAACAGGACUUCCCAGAGGUCAACGGUCCAUUCAAGCGGCAUAAUUCCGGCAUCGUCCGCGGCAAUUGUACCUAUGACGAUGCAGCCUGUGAGCCCAAGGGGUCAACCAGCACAGACUAUGUAGCAGGUCUCCUGUUGAGCUCCUCUCUGAAUGAGAUAGGUGUGGUUGAGACCAACAGUCUGAGGAGGAGACAUCUCAGUACCCUUGAGGAGGGAGGUGGCAGUGGGAGUAGUGGAGGAGGAGGAGGCCAUGACUGGCAGGGUGUGCGAGGGUGCAGACUGAGUGAAGCCAACAGGGUUGGCAGUGGUAGCAGUGGUACUCCAGUGUUGGGUCUGGGACUGCACCAGGGAGAGACUGACCCAGCCAGGAUAGCAGAGAACCUGGGGGCAGACAGCAAGAUCCUCCAGGGGACCAGCUUCCGCCAGACAAACAGGCCGCGGUCGUUAGUCCUGGGAGGGUCAGAGGGGGUUGGAGCAGCCGGGGGUAGAACCAGGCGCUGCAGACGUAGAGACAGCCCUGAAGACGGAGAGGAGAGGGACUGGAGUGACGAGGACAAGAAUAACACAGACGCCAUCUUUGAUCUGGAGGACCUAGAUCUGGACGGACCAACCACAGAGAGCGUUGCUAAAACCAGCCAAUCACGGAAGAGGACGGUGGAACGCAGCGCCAGCUAUAGCGGUGUGGGUGUGGCCUCAGCCUCGCGGGGCACCGUUAAACGAACGGGGAUCGAGACAGGCUUCGACCCGCUGUCCCUUCUGGCGGCCGAGUCCAAGUCCCAGGGGGACAGAGAGGACGACCUGGAAGUAGAGAUGUAUGGGGUCACGACCCCUACGGUGCGGCGCCAGGACCACCUGGCUAGGGAGAUAGAGAUGUACAUGAACCAUAUGGGUUCUCCUCUGAACAGCCGGACCCCCAGUAUGGACCUCCAGGACCCGUCCAGUCCCCUGUUCCUACACCCUCCUCCCCCACUCAUCACCACCCCUCGACGGGCCAGUCUCCCCCAUACCUCCCCUCUCAGGACAGGAGGAUUACCUCGCUCCAGGACCCACCACUUCCCCUCGCCCUCCCAGCCUGCCAGACAGAGGCUCUGGUCCUCACCCCCCUGUCCCCGCUCCACGCCCAGCCCGCAGCCCAGCCCCUACCGGGAGAGGGAGAGAGACAGGGACCUGGGUUUGCUGUCCCCUUCUCUGUCCUCCUCCUCCUUCGCCCUGGACCAGCUCCUCACCCCCACCCUGGAUGUGUUCAAGAGCAGCGUGUUCUCGGCAGGGAAAGGUGUGGCAGAGAAGGCUAGCCGGUGGUACUCUCGCCUGGCCACCUCCUACACCGUGCCUACCAAGGAGGGUAACUGUGACCGUCUGAGUGUGUCCUCUCUGGGCAUGGACCCUGACUGCUCCUCCCUGUUGGAUGUGGAUGAGGAGGGACUGGGGGACCCAGACGGCUCCAUCAUCUCCCCUCAGAGAAAUGGCCCCGGGUCCCGUAGGAGCCCAAGGAGAAGCCCGUCCAGACGCAGUUCCCUGAGGAGCAGACUGGACAGUCCCACAUACAAACAGACAGGCUUUCCUCCCCCAGACUGCUCUGAUCUGGGCUCGUCUCGCUACACCAGCAAUACCAGUGUCUUCCAGAACUACGCCAUGGAGCUGUUGAUCUCCAGCUGUUCUCGCUGUAAGACGUGCGACGGUCUGGUGUACGACGAGGAGAUCAUGGCAGGAUGGACUGCUGACGACUCCAACCUCAACACCACCUGUCCCUUCUGUGGGAACCCCUUCCUCCCUUUCCUUAACGUAGAGAUCAGAGACCUGAGAGGAACUGGGAGGUUCUUCCUGAAGAGCAGUCCGUCAGCGGACGAGGCUGUGUCAUCGUCCUACUCUGUGUCCACCGGUCUGGACACCGGAACGUCCACUCUGUCCACUCCCUGUCCCACUACUGUCCUGUCUCCUCUCUCACCCAGGAUCACUGUAGAGGGUUGCUCUGGUAACAACAGGCUGUCGUCGUCCAGGGCCCAGUGUAUAGAGAUCCCUACAGAGCGGCGCCAGGGGGCCCUGUCCCCGGGGUCAGCUAUGGUGCGGAGUGUCAGUGCAUUUGACCCCAUGGAGGAACCAACUCGACUCAACCACAAUGUACCCACUUCAGGCAGCCUGCCCAGCCGACUCAACGAAGCCAGCGACCCCCUGAGUGUUGAUAUGGAGUGGCGUCUCCACCACCCAGAACCAGUCACAGUACCCUACCUGAGUCCCCUGGUGCUGUGGAAGGAGCUGGAGUCCCUGCUGGAGAACGAGGGAGACCCUGUUAUCACAGUGUCAGCCGUGGUGGACCACCAUCCUAUCAUCUACUGGAACCUGGUUUGGUCCUUCAGACGUCUGGACCUGCCCAGCAACCUGCCUGGACUCAUACUGACCUCCGAGCACUGUAACAGGGGAUCUACGGUCCCUCGCCACUGGAUGUCAGAGGACAGUAAACACGUGUUGGUCCAGAUUUUAUGGGACAACCUCAAGCUGCACCGGGACCUCAUCCAGCCGUUCUACAUCCUGUGGAACACACAGAGGCUUAACUGUGCUCUGUUGUUAGACAGUGUGGGCUACCCGUUGUGUCGUCCUGUGAGCGAGGCGGAGCGUCCGUUUGGGGAGGAGCUACUCCACAGCGUGGUCAAGAGCAUCCAGAGGAACGACGUCUCUCGACCAAUGGGACAGCUCCUACAGCUGCUGGGGCAGAGCCUGGGGGUCAAGAGGCAAAGGAGUCUGUACAGAGACAUCCUCUUCCUGUGUCUGGUGGCUCUGGGAAAGGACAACAUUGACAUCGACGCUUUUGACCGUGAAUACAAGAUGGCGUACGACCACCUCAGCCCCAACCUGGUGAAGCUGACGCACAACUGCGACCGUCCGCCCAGCGCUGGGGUCAUGGAGUGUCGCAAGACCUUCGGAGAGCCCUACCUCUGAACUCUGACCCCUUUACCCCUAACGUGUCACCUCCGACAGACACUUCAGCCUCCACCCGGGCCAGUCACCUCCGUCACUCAGCAUAGCACAGCCGCGGGUAGCACACGUGGGUUAGGGUUCAAGAGAUCUUUGUGUCCAUGAAAAGCGCUGUAUAAAAUCCAUGUAUUACAACGGUGGCUUUCCCAAAGAGGACUGAGGAUUGCUUUAAAGACGAGCUCAGGAAUCCCUUUAGAAAGACUUACAGAAUGUGUGAUGACACGGUGAUGUUUUGGGUCGUGUCCGUCACCUGUGAGAGACGUGACGGGGCUGACCAGAGACUAACGGAGCUGACCAGAGACUAACGGAGCUGACCAGAGACUAACGGAGCUGACCAGAGACUAACGGGGCUGACCAGAGACUAACGGAGCUGACCAGAGACUAACGGAGCUGACCAGAGACUAACGGGGCUGACCAGAGACUAACGGAGCUGACCAGAGACUAACGGGGCUGACCAGAGACUAACGGAGCUGACCAGAGACUAACGGAGCUGACCAGAGACUAACGGAGCUGACCAGAGACUAACGGGGCUGACCAGAGACUAACGGAGCUGACCAGAGACUAACGGGGCUGACCAGAGACUAACGGAGCUGACCAGAGACUAACGGAGCUGACCAGAGACUAACGGAGCUGACCAGAGACUAACGGGGCUGACCAGAGACUAACGGGGCUGACCAGAGACUGACGGAGCUGACCAGAGACUAACGGAGCUGACCAGAGACUAACGGAGCUGACCAGAGACUAACGGAGCUGACCAGAGACUAACGGAGCUGACCAGAGACUAACGGGGCUGACCAGAGACUAACGGGGCUGACCAGAGACUAACGGGGCUGACCAGAGACUAACGGGGCUGACCAGAGACUAACGGGGCUGACCAGAGACUAACGGAGCUGACCAGAGACUAACGGAGCUGACCAGAGACUAACGGAGCUGGCCGACCAGGGUGUUAUUAUGUAGUCUUGACUAGUCUCACAAAAGGGGAUGUUUAUAAAAUCCCAUCUCAUCACCUGGUUGUUAUAGGUUCUGGACGUACCCCUCUGGAUGGAUGGAGAUCACACAUUUUGACGAGUUCUAUUUCAGGGGGACUUAUGUUUUUAAGAAAUCUUGUACAAAUUGUUACAUAAAAUACAAAAUGUACUUUAUAUACGACAGUAGUAGUAGGGACCUUUUAUAAAACAACAUUUGUAUUAUAUAGUCAAAUUAUAGAGACUAAUAUCAGCAAUAUUUUACUUAACUUGAAUUCUAUUUAUACAAAGUACGACUUUUAUUUAUUUUAGUCUGUUUUAUUUGUUUAGAUGGAUGUACUGGCUUCCUGUCAGGGUGAAACAUCCAUUUCCUCUCCUCCUGUGGUUGAUGGAUGUAUUGGCUUCCUGUCAGGGUGAAACAUCCAUUCCUCUCCUCCUGUAGUUGAUGGAUGUAUUGGCUUCCUGUCAGGGUGAAACAUCCAUUCCUCUCCUCCUGUGGUUGAUGGAUGUACUGGCUUCCUGUCAGGGUGAAACAUCCAUUCCUCUCCUCCUGUGGUUGAUGGAUGUAUUGGCUUCCUGUCAGGGUGAAACAUCCAUUCCUCUCCUCCUGUGGUUGAUGGAUGUACUGGCUUCCUGUCAGGGUGAAACAUCCAUUCCUCUCCUCCUGUGGUUGAUGGAUGUACUGGCUUCCUGUCAGGGUGAAACAUCCAUUCCUCUCCUCCUGUGGUUGAUGUCUGUUAGAAAGUUCUAGUAGUAUUUACAGUGAGGAGUGUAACUGUCCCUGUUACUGUACCACACUGAUGUCCAUCGUAAACUGAACUAAGCUGGUUUGAAGUAUUGUAUCAGUGAGGGCGUUCAAAGAUUCACUCAAAACAACUAAAGUCGCUUUAAAACUGCCAAAAUGUUGCGUUAAAUAUUUUCGCUGCACUUUACAACAGAUGUUGUUGUUGACAAGACGUAUCCCAGUAUGGAUUGAUUCGUUUAUAAAUAUCUAUUACAGAAAUACCCAUACUGAGUCGAAUACUUUGACGUUUACAAAACUGAUUGACCUCUGUUUUUAAAGUAGUGUGCGGUUGUAAAACUGACUUUAACAUCUUUGGCACAACAUGCUGUAUGAAUCGGCUCCUCAGAUAUCAGUAUUAAUAUCAUUAAAGUGGAAGUACCUUUUAAAGUACCUUCGAGUUAAAGUUGGAGUACCUUAUAAAGUACCUUCAAGUUAAAGUGAAGUACCUUUUAAAGUACCUUCAAGUUAAAGUGAGGUACCUUUUAAAGUACCUUCAAGUUAAAGUGAAGUACCUUUUAAAGUACCUUCAAGUUAAAGUUGAAGUACCUUCAAGUUAAAGUGAAGUACCUUUUAAAGUACCUUCAAGUUAAAGUGAAGUACCUUUUAAAGUACCUUCAAGUUAAAGUGAAGUACCUUUUAAAGUACCUUCACGUUAAAGUGAAGUACCUUUUAAAGUACCUUCACGUUAAAGUGAAGUACCUUUUAAAGUACCUUCAAGUUAAAGUUGAAGUACCUUCAAGUUAAAGUGAAGUACCUUUUAAAGUACCUUCACGUUAAAGUGAAGUACCUUUUAAAGUACCUUCACGUUAAAGUGAAGUACCUUUUAAAGUACCUUCAGGUUAAAGUGAAGUACAUUUUAAAGUACCUUCAAGUUGGAGUACCUUUGGGACCUCUGUGUACUGUUAAGAACAUGUAGUUACCCUUUUGAUAAAUGGAGGGAAUAUUGCUACACGACAGUAGGUUCCGUGUUUCAUGUCCUUUCAUAUUCUCUGUACUUCCUGUACGUGUGGGCCUCUCAUCAGGUGUUAUAAACUGUGAAUAGUGGGUUUAUGACAGGGAAUUUACAAGGAAAGGGUGGGUUGUUCAAUAGUUUUGAGGUGACUGUCUGUUCCCCUUCAAAAAACUUUUUUAGAUUUUAAUUUAUGUGUUUUAGAACCAAAAAAUAAUCAUCCAAAACGGUACUAUGGUACAGUGUAUAUACUGAACAAAAAUAUAAACGCAACAUGUAAAGUGUUGGUCCCAUGUUUCAUGAGCUGAAAUAAAAGAUCCCUGAAAUGUUCCAUACGCACAAAAAGCUUAAAUGUUGCGCACAAAUUUGUUUACAUCCAAAUUUGUUUAUCCUUUGCCAAGAUAACCCAAAUCAAGAAGCUGAUUAAACAGCAUGAUCAUUACACAGGUGCACCUUGUGCUGGGGACAAUUAAAGGCCACUCUAAAAUGUGCAGUUUUAUCACACUGCAGAAUGCCACAGAUGUCUCAAGUUUUGAGGGAGCGUGCAAUUGGCAUGCUGAAUGCAGGAAUGUCCAACCGAGCUGUUUCCAGAGAAUUGAAUGUUCAUUUCUCUACCGUAAGCCGCCUCCAAUGUAAUUUCAGAGACUUUGGCAGUACGUCCAACCGGCCUCACAACCGCAGACCACAUGUAACCACGCCAGCCCAGGACCUCCACAUCCGGCUUCUUUACCUGCGGGAUCGUCUGAGGAGGAGGAGGGGCGUGCUGAAGAGUAUUUCUUUCUGUAAUAAAACCCUUUUGUGGGGGAAUUCUGAUUGGCUGAACCUGGCUCCCCAGUGGGUGGACUUGGCUUCCAAGUGGGUGGGCCUAUGCCCUCCCAGGCCCACCCAUGGCUGCGCCGCUGCCCAGUCAUGUGAAAUACAUAGAUUAGAGGCCUAAUGAUCUUUAUUUUAAUUGACUGAUUCCCUUCUAUGAACUGUAACUCAGUAAAACCUUUGAAAGUGUUGCAUGUUGCGUUUUAUAUUUUAGUUCUGUUAGGAGCUAUAAGUCCAGAGUUGGGCUUUAGUAAGAAUGAUUCAUACCAUUGAUGUGUAGGUGAGUCUAGAGUUGGGCUUCAGAAUGAUUCAUACCAUUGAUGUGUAGGUGAGUCUAGAGUUGGGCUUCAGUAAGAAGGAUUCAUACCAUUGAUGUGUAGUUGAGUCUAGAGUUGGGCUGCAGUAAGAAGGAUUCGUACCAUUGAUGUGUAGGUGAGUCUAGAGUCGGGCUUCAGUAAGAAUGAUUCAUACAAUUUUGGAAUUUGGUUAACUUUCUAAAUCGACCAAUUUGAAAUGGAAUUGAGCCCGUACCCUGACUGAGUCCCUGCAGCAGUCACAAGUUGUAAUUUCCCAAAGCGGAGGGCCAGUUCAGCUCUGGUUUCUAACCCACGUUAAGGACGUCAGGCCCGACACAACAUACCAACCUUCGAUAACUUGAUACGUCCUCAAACGUUUUAGAUAUGAUCCUAUGUCUAUGUUCAUCUAUAUACACGUGUUCUGUUCUUCUUCCAUACAAGGUACUAUGUGAGUAACAACCUACGUUUGGGUUCAUUGUUCAGCAGCACAAAGGAAUGUUCCAUUGGCACAUCACCUGCAGUCAAAACCGUUUUUUUGGGGGGGGGGGUGAAAAUAAGUGGUUGAAGUAGCAGGACCUCGGUGGCUAUGAUGACAUGGCUGUUUAUACCCGGCCUGUUAUACUGAUGAUACCAAGGUCAGCCUUUGGCGAUGUAUUGUCUUCAUUUUAAAUCAUGUUUGGUGAUUUUAUGUGUGUGUGUGUGGGGGGGGGGGGGGGGGGGGGGGGGGUGUACACCUGAACAUAGAUUAUAAUGCUUUCAGUUGUCUGAGUGGAGAACAACCGUUGAGUCCACUUGACCAGGUAAACACUUGAAAAUCCUCCCGGGUUUACAGUACGCAGCAACAUCUCUCUCUCGCCAGGGAAAAUACUUCCAACUCAGAAUGAAAUCCUUGAAGUACCUGUAUGACAUCAUAAUGUGCCCCCUUUUAACAGAUACGUUAAACACCUAUCCUGGCCGACUGCAAUGUAGACGGAAACGUCACCAGUCAUCUUACGAGUGACCGAUGAGGCACACCGGUGACCUCAAAUUACAAUGUAACAACAGACUGAUGUCGUUGGCUAGAAGAGGACCUCUGUCAAGAAGGGUCCAAUGAGAGCUGGCCACGUCAAUGAUUGACAGCUGAGAGCACCAAUCGCAGAAUAGCGCUACUAUGCAAACAUGAAACGGACGUUGCUAUUUUGAACGCUAAAGAUUGUUACCAACCAACUAAGCGUUUUAUUAAGAGAGACCUGGACUGUCAAAAAAAUAUCACUCAUGAAUAUCAGCAGUGUGAACAGUUUUAAAUCGUUUUUGUUGUCGAUCUCUGCAGAUGAAGGGUUCUAUUCAAUCCGUGUGGCGGAAGUUCAGUUUUGCAGGGUGAUUGAAAUGUAAAGGCUGUGUUCCUGCUUUAGCAGAGACUGCAUUGACGGUAAACGGUGCGUAUGGCCGCUCCAUGGGGAAAUGACCUUUACAUUCCAAUCACAGAAUCUACAGACUGAAUAGAAUGCUCUAGAAGGUUACUAGUCAUUGUAGAAGGUUAAUGUCCAAACAAAAUAUUUAUUUUCUAUUUAGGUCAAUGUAUAAUAUUUGAUCUGCUCUUUGUAGAGAAGACAUUUUAUAAAAUGUCCCUAGUGUUGUUUUACAGCUCUGUACGACGGGUCUGUGGAUCUGAUGAUGAGAUGAAUCAUGUACUGUUUGACUGGAUCAUCAGAGUUGUCUCUGACUGGAAAUAAAAUCACUUCUACCCGUG